UAAAGCUGAAGGACCUCAUGCACCAGAAACUCUGCUGGGUUUUGUCACCCUUAGAAGCCUGCUGCAGGGCCUGGACCAGGGCUAGAAAAUAUUCACGAGGGAAAAAUGGAAACCUGGAACAGAGCAAGGGGGCUGAGACAGCAAGGCUGGGACAGGACUGGUGCAGCCUGAGAUGGGAAAUGCAGAUGGGCUUCUGGAAUCAAUGUAGGGAGUGGAAAAGAGCCUCGGACGCUGUUAUUCUCAGCCUGCACCCAUCCUCCAAAGGGUAAAAGCUGUGAUCUCUCUGUGAGGGCAUCCCUGGCCGGGAAGCAGAUGCAGGGAUGCCAGCGGGUGUGUGCCUGCAGAGGGCACUGGACCGAGCUCCUGCUAAUGCAGGAGGAGGGGAGCACGGCCUCGCCUGGCACCUCGCCGGGCCUUCGAAGCCAGCCCCAGACUGGAAGCCCUGGGGACCCUCCCGAAUCAGCGCCGCGUGGAUCAGAGCCUGCGCUCACAAGCGCACCAUUGUUGGAGCUGUUUCACAGCAAAGUGCACUCGGUGCCCCUGUGAUCACAAAGGCACCUGCGGCAGCAGUGGGGGUGAUGACCUCCCUUCCCUAACAUCAGCUCCCAUUACCAUAAUGAUUCUGCUGACCUAAAUUCCCCCCGAAAGAAGUUUCGGCUGCGUGCAUCAUGCUUCCCCGCCGGCCCUGCACUGCAGGGCUGCUCAGCUCUGUGCUGCUCACACCCCCAGCCCCUCGGAGGGAGCUGAGCAGGGUGCUGGUGCUGCUGAUGAAGGCUCGCCCAUCCUGGAUGUGCCCUGACCUCGGUGGCACUUGCUGUGUCAAAAGGAGAGGGAAGGAUCCAGCCCGUUCACGCUCUCAGAAACCUGGAUGUCAUUUCUUGAUACACUCUCCUGCCUGAAUCACCAGCUUUUUCCACCCCCUCUUCUGCUCCUGUGUUGGGCAAUGACCCACUUAGACGCAUGCCAUGCCACAAAUAAUUACCAAUACCCUUCUUCUGUGCCUGACCACUUCCUCCCUCCACCCCCAGACUCUCCGGUUUGCAAUAAUUCUCCCACUUCCCAGGAGUUGCUGGUCAUGGUAAAAUGAGGGCUCUCCAAAGUUCCUCAACUUCUUUGGCAAGACCCAGAUACUGCACAGGACCAGUCCAUCAGGAUGCUUUGGCAUCAUCAUCACUGAAAUGGAUUAGCAACGGUUAUCUUCGUCCGCAUCACUUCCUAGAAUAGAUCCAGCACUAGUCCACAGCCUUUCAUGGCAAGCGAGAAGUUGGGAAGGCUGCUGGAUGCAAAUGAAUGCAGUGGGUAAUGAAACAGGAACACCUCGGGUGGAAACUGCCUUUAAUCUCAGUGCCAGUAUCUGCUGGCACAAAACUGCGUCAGGGCUGCCCUGCGUGGCACAGCCUGCUGGUGGAUGGGGAAACUGAGGCACGGGAAAGGUCAAGUGACUUGCCCGAGGCAAAAAGGCAGUCACUGGCAGGGCUGGGAUUAACACCCAUGCUCAUCUGCCAGACAAUCCAGGGCACUGCAGUCCCCUCCACGCGGCAUCGCUCAUUAGCAUCACCCCGAAACAGCCGAGAUGAGCCACACCAGACCCCGCUAUGUCGUCGAACGUCCUGCAUAUUCGGUCAGCCUCUUUGAUGAAGAGUUUGAGAAGAAAAGCAGAAGUUACCCUGUUGGGGAAAAGUUGAGAAACCUUUUCAGAUGUUCAGCUUCCAGAUUGAAGCUCUUCCUCUUCAGCCUUUUCCCAAUACUCACGUGGCUUCCCAAGUAUAAAAUUAAGGACUACGUUUUGCCUGAUGUCCUCGGUGGGCUCAGUGCGGGGACGAUUCAAGUGCCACAAGGGAUGGCUUUCGCGCUGCUGGCCAACCUGCCUCCCGUCAACGGGCUCUACUCCUCCUUCUUCCCCCUACUCACAUACCUCUUCCUUGGCGGUAUCCAUCAGAUGGUCCCAGGUACUUUUGCAGUCAUCAGCAUUAUUGUUGGCAACGUCUGCAACGAGCUGGCUCCGGAGUCGGACUACCAGUACUUCACCCACAAUGAGACCAGCGUCAACACCACAGCCCUGGAAGCGGCCAGACUGGAGAUCUCUGCCACGCUAGCCUGCCUGACAGCCAUCAUACAACUGUGCCUGGGAUUCGUGCAGUUUGGCUUUGUUGCUAUCUACCUCUCAGAGUCUUUCAUCAGGGGCUUCAUGACAGCAGCAGGGCUGCAGAUCCUCAUCUCCGUGCUCAAGUACGUCUUCGGCUUGACGGUCCCAUCUUACACCGGGCCCUUAGCUAUCGUCUAUACGUUCAUUGAUAUUUGUAAAGGCCUGCCCAAAACCAACGUGGCCUCCCUGAUCUAUGCCUUGGUCAGUGCUGUGCUCCUGAUCAUUGUCAAGGAGCUCAACCUCAAGUACAUGAAAAAGAUCCGGAUGCCCAUCCCCAUGGAGAUCAUCAUCGUAAUUGUUGCGACUGCAAUCUCUGGCAGCUUUAAGAUGCCCGAGAAGUACAACAUGCCAGUAGUUGGGAAGAUCAGCAUGGGGUUCCCAGCCCCAACCCUGCCCAUUGUGAGCAAGUGGAAGGACAUGAUCGGCACAGCCUUCUCGCUCGCCAUCGUGGGCUACGUGAUCAACCUGGCCAUGGGGAGGACCCUGGCAGCCAAGCACGGCUAUGACGUGGACCCCAACCAGGAAAUGCUGGCCCUGGGCUGCAGCAACUUCUUCGGAUCCUUCUUCAAAAUCCACGUCAUCUGCUGCGCGCUCUCCGUCACCCUCGCUGUGGAUGGGGCAGGAGGGAAAUCACAGGUGGCAAGUUUCUUUGUGGCAAUGGUGGUGAUGGUGACUAUGCUGGCUCUGGGGAUCUACCUUGAACCCCUUCCAAAGUCUGUCCUGGGAGCCCUCAUCGCCGUGAACCUGAAGAACUCCCUCAAGCAGCUGGCCGAUCCCUUCUACCUGUGGAAGAAGAGCAAGCUGGACUGUCUGGUCUGGCUGGUGAGCUUCCUGUCCGCUUUCUUCCUGAGCCUGCCCUACGGAGUCGCUGUGGGCGUGGGAUUUUCCGUGUUGGUUGUGGUUUUCCAUACCCAGUUCCGGAAUGGUUCUGCCCUGGGCCAAGUAACCUCCACGGACAUCUACAAGAACCCGAAAGCCUACAACAAGGUACAUGAGCUUAACGGGAUUAAGAUCGUGACCUACUGCUCGCCACUGUAUUUUGCCAACUCAGAGAUAUUCCGAGAGAAGAUUAUAGCCAAGACCGGGGUGGAUCCAGGUAAAGUGUACUUAGCCAGGAAGAAAUAUGUGAAGCGGCAGGAGAAGGGGACAGAGCAGCCACCAACAAAGCUGCCAAAAUUCUUACUGAGGCAGAACAAGACCUUGUCUUUGCAAGAGCUCCAGAAAGACUUUGAAAGCACCUCUCCAACAGAUACCAACAACAACCAGACGACUGCCAACGGUGCCAGCAUCUCUUAUGUCACGUUCCGCCCGCCUGCCAAUGGCGCCGGGCAGGUGCACAGCUCCGGAGAGCUGGGCAGCACCACCAGCCUGCAAGGAAGCACCUUCAGCAUCAUGCCCACAGCAGAUGUUGACCCUAUGGCCACGGCACCGCCCUAUGUCAGCUUCCACACCAUCAUCCUGGACAUGAGCGGGGUGUGCUUUGUUGACCUCAUGGGCACAAAAGCACUGGGCAAGCUGUGUUCCAGUUACCAGAAGAUUGGGAUUAAAGUGUUCCUGGCCAACGUGCAUGCCCAGGUGUACAACGACAUCAGCACAGGUGGAGUCUUUGAAGAAGGAGGCCUGGACCAAAAACACAUCUUUUUGACAAUCCACGAUGCUGUUUUGUUUGCACUGGCAAAUAUCAAAGAAGUCGUCCACCCGCCCAUCUUAGAAGAGAGGCCGAACCAGACAGAGCUCUCCAUCUAUGACGAGUCUGUGGAUGAAAGCAGCUCAGAGUUCAAGAACUUGGAGGAGGAGAUGUUUGGAAGCAUGUUCCGCUCAGAGACCCAGACAGCGCUGUGAGCCUCGGAGUGCCUCAUACCCCCCGGACAGCCUCCUUGCUCCCACCCCUUCACGAAGAGCUGUGCUCCCACCCAGGGAUACAAUAAGCUUGCAAAGCAAGAGGCCAUCACACCUCUUGAACUGGUAAAUUCCUCCCCCCUGCUCUGCUGCUGGUGCUCAGAGAAGCGGAGUGGGCAACGGGACACUAUGGGAGCAGGAACUCAGGGAACGCUGUCCCCCUGAUCGCAGAAGAGAAGCGAGUUCACUUGAUGGCAGGUGCCUUGAUAAUGGGAUGAUUAGUUGUUUUUGCCAAGUGCUCUCCUUUCUCACACAACCGCACUCUUUGGCCCACACAGGCAUUACAUAAUUUGGGCAUCCCCCUUCUUUCUUUGCCUUCCUCUUUGUCUUCCCGAUGAAGCAAAAUUAAGCAAUGAUUACGAUCCUUUCACCAUUCUGAAUCAUGAGCAAAAGCAAAUCUUGCCAAGUGCAGCUUUGUCAGGUAAUGUUGUUUUACAAUGUGCACUGGUCGUCGGGGUGUCCCACCACGGGUGCAAACCUUUGUGUUCCCCUGAGCUUCGGAAGCACUCCCUCUGCCUUCCCUGUGCCCCCGCGAUGCCCCUGCUCUGCUCCCUGUGAGACUCAGCAUCCCAGAACCACUGCCCCAAACCACUGCUGUACUUCUCACACCCUGAAGACUUUGGUAUAUUAUCUCCGUUCUACUUUCUGGAUUACUUUUUUUCUUAAUAGUAGGAAUAGUUUGUAAUUGGACGUAAGAAUUCCUUGCUACUGUGUGCGAUGUGUGCCUGCCUGCCCAGUAGGUUGGGCACACAUUCA